CUUGCAACACUGACAAAUGUCACUGUCAGUGUGAAAUGAAAUGAACGAGGAAAAAGCAAGAAAUACGCUGCGUACCGGCGAUUUGAUUUAAUUAUCUAAUUAUUUGCAUCGCGUGCGGACACUUGCGAAAGAAGGAAAUUAACGUGUCCGAUAAUCAUCAACAAUGGGAAAAUUAGCAAUAAUUUUCCUGGCUUUUGCCGCAACCUGCGCCGCGGACUUCAUUAGGGUGCCGCUGCACCGCGUGGAGACAGCCCGCGGUCAGCUGGCGGCAGUCGGCACGGAGCUGAACAUGCUCCGCCUGCGGCGCCCGGCCGGACCCUCGCCCGAGCCUCUGUCCAACUAUCUUGACGCGCAAUACUACGGGCCCAUCUCCAUCGGAAACCCGCCGCAGACCUUCCGUGUGGUCUUCGACACUGGAUUCAACCUGUGGGUGCCUUCUAAGAAGUGCCAUUACACCAACAUUGCGUGCCUGCUCCACAACAAGUAUGACAGCACCAAGUCAUCCUCGUACGUGGCCAACGGCAAGGAGUUCGCCAUCCACUACGGGUCCGGCUCGCUUUCCGGGUUCCUUUCCACCGACACCGUCUCUGUCAGUCGGGGCGUGACGGUGAAAUCUCAGACUUUCGCGGAGGCGCUAUCCGAGCCCGGCCUCGCGUUCGUUGCCGCUAAGUUCGACGGUAUCCUCGGCAUGGCUUUCAGCACCAUCUCCGUGGACCACGUCCCGCCCGUGUUCGACAACAUGGUUUCCCAGAAACUGGUCGCGCCUGUCUUCUCUUUCUAUCUGAACAGGGACCCAUCAGCUAAAGUGGGCGGUGAGAUGAUCCUCGGCGGCUCAGACCCCAACCACUACCGCGGCAACAUGACCUACGUCCAGGUCGACAAAGCCGCCUACUGGCAGUUCCGCGUCGGCGGCAUCUCCAUCGCCGGGCACAAGUUCUGCGAGAAAGGCUGCGAAGCGAUCGCCGAUACCGGCACCUCCCUCAUCGGUGGUCCCACAGCUGAAGUGGAAGCCCUGAACAAGGCUCUCGGCGCCACUCCUCUCGUUUCUGGACAGUAUGUGUUCGACUGUUCGCUGAUCCCCAAGCUGCCGCGCGUGACCUUCACCAUCAACGGCAUCGAGUUCCCGCUUGACGGACAAGACUACGUUCUGCGAGUAUCCCAGUUCGGCAAGACCGUCUGCCUGUCCGGAUUCAUGGGCCUCGACGUGCCGCCAGGCCCCAUCUGGAUCCUCGGAGAUGUCUUCAUCGGCCGCUAUUACACCGAGUUUGACGUCGCUAACCGCCGUAUUGGCUUCGCGCCCGCUGUCUAAACGGCGUGAUGGGUGACUUUGGUGAACAAAAUAAGUCGAAACAAGCUACAGGUCGAUUUAUGAGAGUUGGCAUGAACGGAAUGAACAAAACUGUGAUUAUAAGCUAAGGAAUGGAACAUGCUCCCCUCAUCUGUAUUUCCGGCCGAAUACAAUUUGGGUGAAUUCAAGUCGAGAGUGAAUAGGCUAUUACUGAACCAGUGAGCUACAA